GACAAGAGCAAGAGCGCAAAGUUUUCAUCACUUCAUGUGCGUCCAAGGUUAGACAUGAGACGCUGAGUGAGGCACAAUGGCAGGACCUGAAAUACAUGGCGAGGAGUCAGAUGGCACACACGGCAAUUUUCUGGACACGGGUUCCGCAGCGAGGCGCCUGCUGCCAGAUAGACCGCUGGAUCUGGGCCAGCCCGGCUUUUUGGGCUUGCAUAAAGAAUGGAUUAUACUGUUCCAAUGUGUGAUCUUCCUGCUGCUUCUAGACUUUUUUGUGCUCCGGAAAGUGAAGUCCAGCAUCCGCAAUCACGUGGCUUUGACAGUAUUUUGGCUUUGUGUCGGCAUGCUCUACAACGUGCACAUUUGGCACCUCUACGGGCCAGAUCAGGCCAUCUACUGGUUCAGCGGCUUUGCCUUGGAGUGGAUGCUCUCGAUGGACAAUUUGGUGGUCUUUAGCCUCAUCAUGACGACAUAUAGAGUGCCGGCAUGCCUCACACGGAAGGCCUUGUUCGUGGGCAUCGUCGGAUGCGUUGUAAUGCGUCUUGGCUUCUUCCUUAUCCUGGAAGAUAUUCUGAAGCAUGAGAAGAUUCUGCAGAUCUGCAUGGGCAUCGUGCUCAUGUGCAGUGGCGGCCAAGCGAUGUUCGAGGAUGACGAAGGUGAUGUGGUGGACACCUAUGUGGUGCGAGCUACCAAGGCAUGCUUGGGCAGUAGACUGGAGGAGAGCUACGACACGGACACCCACAGGUUAUUCGUAUACCGGGACCGGAAGUACAAAGCCACCCUGCUGGUUUUUGUCAUCCUCCUCCUAGAGUUCACAGAUCUCAUGUUUGCUUUGGACAGUGUGAGCGCAAAGAUCGCUGCGGUGCCCAAUCAGUUCAUCGCCUACAGCUCGACGGUCAUGGCGGUCUUUUCGCUGCGGGCCGCUUUCUUCAUCGUCCACGACUUGGUGCAGUCAGUGGAGGUUCUGAAGUAUGGGGUGGCCUUUAUUGUGGCUUACAUCGGCGUCCAGUUGAUACUUUCAACCUUCCGCUAUGUGCCGGAAUGGAGCACGUGCGCAGUCUCUGGCUUUGUACUGCUGGCAUGCCUAUUCGCCUGGUGCUGUCAACGGAAGACCAACAACGCCAAAGCAGGAGCAGAGAGGCAUGCUGAUUGAGACUGGAGUUCUGAGCGGCCCGUUGCAAGGGUGCUUGCUGAGUCGCUGAAGCAAGAAGCGUUCAGCAUCUCUCUUGUCUGUGUGCUGAAGCCCUUUGCCGUCCUCUGAAUUGACAACUUCAGAGUGUGAACUCUGUGGCGCGUUAUGUUUGACGCUCGGAUGCGAUGCUGCAUGAGAUUGACAACGUUGACCUAUAC